AUCUUAUCGCGACUGAGCAGAGUGGCGGCGGCGUUUCCUGGAGUUUGAGCCUGGCGCCGAGGCUAUGGGCAGCCAGGAGGUGCUGGGCCAGGCGGCCCGGCUGGCUUCCUCUGGUCUCCUCCUGCAGGUGUUGUUUCGGUUGAUCACCUUUGUCUUGAAUGCAUUUAUUCUUCGCUUCCUGUCAAAGGAGAUCGUUGGCGUAGUAAAUGUAAGACUAACGCUGCUUUACUCAACCACCCUCUUCCUGGCCAGAGAGGCCUUUCGCAGAGCGUGUCUCAGUGGGAGCACACAGCGAGACUGGAGCCAGACCCUCAACCUACUAUGGCUAACAGCUCCCCUGGGUGUGUUUUGGUCCUUAUUUCUAGGCUGGGUCUGGUUGCAGCUGCUGGAAGUGCCUGAUCCUAAUGUCGCCCCUCACUAUGCAGCCGGAGUGGUGCUGUUUGGUCUUUCGGCAGUGGUGGAGCUUCUAGGAGAGCCCUUUUGGUUCUUGGCACAAGCACAUAUGUUUGUGAAGCUCAAGGUGACUGCUGAGAGCCUGUCGGUAAUUCUUAAGAGUGUUCUGACAGUUUUUCUCGUGCUAUGGUUGCCUCACUGGGGAUUAUACAUUUUCUCUUUGGCCCAGCUUUUCUAUACCACAGUUCUGGUGCUCUGCUAUGUUAUUUAUUUCACAAAGUUACUGGGUUCCCCAGAAUCAACCAAGCUUCAAACUCUUCCUGUCUCCAGAAUAAGCGAUCUGUUACCCAAUAUUACAAGAAAUGGGGCUUUUAUAAACUGGAAAGAGGCUAAGCUGACUUGGAGUUUUUUCAAACAGUCUUUCUUGAAACAGAUUUUGACAGAAGGGGAGCGAUAUGUGAUGACAUUUUUGAACGUAUUAAAUUUUGGUGAUCAGGGUGUGUAUGAUAUAGUGAAUAAUCUUGGCUCCCUUGUGGCCAGAUUAAUUUUCCAGCCAAUAGAGGAAAGUUUUUAUGUAUUUUUUGCUAAGGUGCUGGAGAGGGAAAAGGAUGCCACACUUCAGAAGCAGGAGGACAUUGCUGUGGCCGCUGCAGUCUUGGAGUUCCUGCUCAAGCUGGCCCUGCUGUCCGGCCUGACCAUCACUGUUUUUGGCUUUACCUAUUCUCAGCUGGCUCUGGAUAUCUAUGGAGGGGCCAUGCUUAGCUCAGGAUCAGGUCCUGUCUUACUGCGUUCCUACUGUCUCUAUGUUCUCCUGCUUGCCAUCAACGGAGUGACAGAGUGUUUCACAUUUGCUGCCAUGAGCAAAGAGGAGGUCGACAGGUACAAUUUUGUGAUGCUGGCCCUGUCCUCCUCAUUCCUGGCGUUAUCCUAUCUCCUGACCCGUUGGUGUGGCAGCGUGGGCUUCAUCUUGGCCAACUGCUUUAACAUGGGCAUCCGGAUCACACAGAGCCUUUGCUUCAUCCACCGCUACUACCGAAGGAGCCCCCACAGGCCCCUGGCCGGCCUGCGCCUGUCACCGGUCCUCCUUGGGGCAUUUGCCCUCAGCGGUAUGGUCACUGCUGUUUCGGAGACACUGGUGGCAGUCUGAAGGCAGAGGCUGUAAUAGGGGAAGCAUCGGUGUGGGCACAUCGGGGAAGGCCCCUGACUCUAGCCUGGGCAGAGGUCCGUGCCCCACUUGGCUCUCUCUCUGCCGUGUUAUGUCAGUCAUCGCCCACAGGUGCCCUCAACCUGGGCACUGUCAGGCCUCCUUCGCAGUGGACUGAAACCCUAUGACACAGCCUAGGACCACCCAGACCCAUGGGCUGGGGGCUCAUAUCUGGAAGCAGGGCCCCCAGGACUCAAAGGUGCUCAGAGAUGAAGAUUGCUGGGCGCCAGCUCACGGGAUCAGCCUCAGCUUCAGCCCCUGGGAAAUGCCUGCUCAUUUGCUGUGAGGCAGACACUAGAGCAGGCAGAGUGGACCAUGGACUCCUCUGAGGUUCCGGAGCCCUGCAAGGAGAGGCCUGGCCGCCGGCGGCCGCUAGAGGGCAGAACCCUCCUGUGUGUUUCUUACAAAGCGUUGGUGAGCAGAUGAGCAGGAUGGACAGGAGACAACGGAGCGGCAGCCCAAGAGUGCAGUGACCACAAGGCUGCUAGCAGGGCUCAGCGGAGGCUGCGAUGUGUCCAAAAGUCCACUGGACCUUAGACCUUAAAUCACCUCCCUGAACCUUUAGGCUUUCACUUUCUGGGAGCCCAGCCCUGAGCCAACAGGGACACAGGGACAGUGCCUGGCUCCUACAUUGGCAGAGAAUGACAAGUCAGUGUCCCC